GGGGAUCAGCCAUGCAACACUCCGCACAUCCACAUCACCUCGAGCUUUGCAUUCCUGUCCUCGACCACCAUGCCCUCGAGUUACCACUGCAUCCACUGCCUGAGUCCGUCUGAUUCUACCCACCGUCAAUUCGGUCGAGAAAUCAAACUGACAAGCUGUUCCCAGUGUGGUCAGAAUGUGGAUCCUUACGUGGAACGUGACGGAUUGUUGGUGGCCAUGGAUUGCCUGCUGUUGCGAGAAGAAGCAUAUCGCCAUGUCUUGUGCAACCACCCAAUUAGCACUUAUAUCUCUACCCGAACUGAUCUCUUCUUGCAGUACCGGUAUUCAGUGGCAUCAGCUGUCGUCCUGGGGUAUCUUUUGACCACGAGCACAAGUACUACCAGUACCAGUACAAGUACUACAGGUCUUUUGUUUCUCACAUUGCUCGUACAACUUCUGGGUCUGCAAGAAGAAUCUCCAAACCACUCUUCCUCGUCGUCAUCGUCAUGGUGGGCACCCUUACUGUUGUGUGCCUAUUCCUUUUGUGGAAAUCUCCUCUUGACCGUGGGAAUUCAAGGGGGAUACUCUGCCUUGGCACGCAUCAUGGGAGGAAGCCAACAUCAAGGGUGGCACAAUCUAAGUUCGCGACUGUACCUAGCCGUCCUGCUUCCUACCGCCUUUCAUGUCAAUACAAUCCUGGUAUUAAUGGUCUGGGAAAACGACAACACGGCCAUUGUACGGCAACUAGCCUCGCUGUUGGUGUUGAACUAUCAGUUCUUAAUGUCCACGGUUGCCAUGCAGUUGCAAUGGGCGACGUCGUCACCUGUGAAUAGCAACAACAAGGAACCUAUCUACUACACAUCACCAUUGGAUAUUCGGUGGUUGAUUGCGUUUGGUACAGGACUUGUGCUGCGUUCUGUGGGGUGUGCCUUCCUGCGUUGGCUUGUGGCUAGAACAAUAAUUCAAGGACAAGAAGACGCCAUGGAUAUCCCUUGCAUUCUAGGUGUGAGUGGCAGUGAUCUGCAUAGUAGUUUUGUGGAGGGAUGGGGGUUCUGCAUCUUCUAGCUAGCUAGCUCAUCUAUAGCUCGAAUAACUCUUCAACCAUCAUUUUUCUGUAGAACGCACAACCUGUGAUCUACCACUAAUAUACCAUGUUCUAUUCUAUGC